AUGUGCCCGACCCGCCUUCCCGCGCCAACGCCGCGCUCCGCUCGCCACCCGCCGCCGUCUGCUGACAGGUACACCUGGCUCGUCUCGCUCCAGUACGACAGCGGCUUCCACUUCUGCGGCGGCACGCUCAUCGCGCCCGAUUGGGUGCUCACCGCCGCGCACUGCACGCAAGACACCGUCGGCCGCGUGGCCGUCGGCAUGCACGUCGUCGCCGACGUGAACACCGACCCGUGCGUCUCCUUGCACGAGGUGGCGGAGAUCUUGAACCACGAGGACUACGGCUCUCCCAAUUCAGAAAGCAACGACGUCUCGCUGCUCAAGCUCGCCACGCCUGUGACCGGCUAUGCGCCCAUCGACUUGCUCGACGGCCCGGGCAUGGACACGCCCUUCCAGGAGCACCUCGCCAUGCUCACCGUCGCCGGCUGGGGCACCAUGUCCUCCGGCGGCGUGUCCUCGCCGGAGGCCAUGGAGGUCGACGUGCCGGUGGUCCAGAAUGAGGACUGCAACGUUGACUACAAUGGCCAGAUUGACGACACGAUGAUCUGCGCCGGCGACACCGUGAAUGGCGGCGAGGACGCGUGCCAGGGCGACUCGGGUGGCCCCCUCUUCGGCAUCGACGCCGACGGCAACUACGUGCUCACGGGCAUCGUGAGUUGGGGCUCCGGCUGCGCCGACGCCAACUUCCCGGGCGUCUACGCGCGCGUCUCCCACUUUGAUGAGUGGGUCUGCGCGAAGACGGACGGC